AUGUCUUUGAGCUACGCCACCAAGGAGGCUUUUCCUGACCCCUAUGCCAUGCACACUGUGGGCUCACAUAGCUCCUUGUGUGCUGUGGCUCUGGAUGCUUGGAUGUUUCCUCUGGAACAUGACUUUUACCCCAAAGCCCGAGGCCCUGUGUUCUUUAUCAAUGCUGAGAAAUUCCAGACAAUGGAGAGUGUCAACUUGAUGAAGAAGAUAUGUGCUCAGCACGAACAGUCCAGGAUCAUAACUGUCCUUGGUUCUGUUCAUCGGAGUCAAACUGACUUUGCUUUUGUGGCUGGUAACUGGAUUGGUAAAAUCUUCUCCACUCAAACCCGUGGGAGCUUGGACCCGUAUGAAGGUCAGGAGAUUAUGGUGAGGGCCAUGUUGGCCUUCCUGCAGAAGCACCUAGAACUGAAAGAGGACUAUGACCAGUGGGACAGCCUCAUUGAAGGCAUCGGACCAUCGCUCACCCCAGGGGCCCCACACCAUCUGUCCAGCCUGUAGGCACAAUCGGUCAUUUGUGAAAGGUCACUGAGCUGAGUUCCCAUUUGGGGCCUGCCCAGGGACACCCGUAGCCUCCUGUCAAGAAGUGGUUGGCGUGAUCCUUCUUCACAGAUUGAGGAUGUAAUCACGCUGCUGAUUGGAUAACUGGGUACUUUGAUCUUGGACUUGUUGAUCUUAAUCUCACACUGGGACUUGGAUCACUUACUCAUUGGCAAACUGACUUUCUGGGACCCGAACCCUGAUGGUGUGGGGAACAAGCAGUGGGGUAGAGUUCGGGGGCAGGGGGUUGCUUCAAGCUCCAAGCUGUACAGUAUUAACCCAGCAGCCUACUCCCUCCCCUUGGGCCAUUGUGGCUUCUGUCGUGGAAGAAAUGAAGCCAAAGGAUGGAGUAAAAUUCCCACCUUCAGGACCUCUAGCCCAGCUUAGCACUAUCUCUUCAUACCUCUCAGCCUUCUCCCUCCCCAGGGCCACUUGGUAAGUUCUGAGCACUUUAGGUAACUUUCUAGGAUAUGGACCACCAUCAGAUUUUCUGUUUAUUUUCUUAUUGCAUGAAACAUGGUUAGGACUCAGACUUGUGAGCCCAUGGAGGAGGGCAGAAGCAUUAUCCUCACAGCAUAGGUGGAGAAGCUGAGGUCCAAAGUGGUAUCACAGAAGCUCUGGAUGUCAUGGAGGUUUGCCAAAAAUGUACCUUGACGAGAAUCAACACAAGUUGGUAGAAAUAGAGAAGGUAGAUUAACACCAUUAAAUGGCCAUUUGAACAGGCCCUUGCGACAGGAGGGAGGCAGUUUGGUUGGUUAGAAUUCAGGUGGCCACCCCUGGAGAUGUCUAGGAACACUUUGGUCUUGCCUCUUAACCUCAGAUAUCAUGAGUCUCCAACUUGCUCAGAAUCAGGGUGCUGUAAUUGUUUUCUGGCUCUGAAGCCCUAGCCUCAAAUGUAUAUCAAGAUAUAGACUGAAUUUCCAUUCUGUUCCAUUUAUAAUAUGAAUGAUAUUAAUACUCAUGUUUGCCUAAUGAUAUGUUGGAAUAUUUUCUUUAUUUAAUCUGCAUUAGAGCAAGAUGGCGAGCCAUCUGGAAGUAA